AUGCAAGAUGCAACGCUGAGGAUUACCCAGUAUUUUGUUGUUUUUGAAAUAUUUAUUUUCAACAUCAUAGGAGUUUUUGGUAACGUUCAGUUGCUUUGGACAACUUAUCGGAAGACGUCAGCACAAACAAAGUCAGGAAUUUUGCUUGCUACGAUAGCAUGUUAUCACACAAUUUGUCUACUCUCGGAAGUACUAAAUGCAGCAUUCAUUCUAUCGGGUCAACCACUUACCAGACGUACUUGCUACUCGUUCAUUAAUCUGUAUAUUUUCGCGAUGUGCCAACAAGCUAGCAUGACUCUUAUGAUCUCUGUUGACUUGUUGAUCGCACUUAUAUUCCCUGUCUGGUACCGCAUGCUACCCAAAAUGCCGUAUCUUUCCUUAAUCGUCUUUCUUUGUACAUGUUAUGCCCUUCCGAUUGCUGUAUGGGGAUGGCUGACACAAGAUGACGAGGUCAUCCCAUUCUGCAAUCCUCCACUA